ACAUAGUUACACUUGGAAGUGGCUAUACAAAUCUCUCACACACCACACAACUCCAAGUCCAUGAUGAUCAUCGACUCUUUACUCCUUUCACGUAAACGCUGUUCUUUGGUUUUGUAAGUCUUCACGUGACUCAAAUCCGCACCAUCACUUCCCCAGAAAAAUUACACCACCACCCACACCCACCCACCCACCAGAAGCGCGAAAGUGGUUCGUCCACGCGACGUGGCUUCCCGUCCUCGCUUUUCGGAAUAGACUUCUCGACCCAGGUGAGUCGACCCGCCUAACUCGUCAGCAUGGACACUGUGGAUCCUACGCGAGCUUUUGUCAAGAAUGUUAAGCGUAUCAUCGUCAAGGUUGGAACUGCUGUGGUCACUCGUGGUGAUGGAAGACUGGCAUUGGGUAGACUGGGAUCUCUUUGUGAGCAGCUUAAAGAUAUAAAUUCUCAGGGCUAUGAGGUUAUUUUGGUGACCUCAGGAGCUGUUGGGCUUGGCCGUCAAAGGCUGAGAUACAGGAGAUUGGCAAAUAGCAGCUUUGCUGAUCUCCAAAACCCACAAAAUGAUUUUGAUGGAAAGGCUUGUGCAGCUGUUGGACAGAGUAGUCUCAUGGCUCUUUAUGAUGCCAUGUUCAGCCAGCUUGAUGUGACUUCUUCUCAGCUUCUCGUGACAGAUAGUGUUUUCAGGGAUGAAGCUUUCAGAAAGCAGCUCUCUGAAACUGUGAAGUCCUUGUUAAAACUGAGGGUUAUUCCCAUAUUCAACGAAAAUGAUGCAGUUAGUACUAGGAAGGCCCCUUAUGAGGACUCUUCUGGUAUAUUUUGGGACAAUGAUAGUUUGGCUGGUCUAUUGGCCCUCGAACUGAAGGCUGAUCUUCUUGUGUUGCUAAGUGAUGUAGAGGGUCUCUACAGUGGUCCUCCCACUGAUCCAAAGUCAAAGUUAAUCCGUACAUAUGUGAAAGAAAAACAUCAUGGAGAAAUAACAUUUGGAGACAAGUCAAGGGUGGGCAGGGGGGGUAUGACCGCUAAAGUCAAUGCUGCUGUGUGUGCCGCUUAUGGUGGAAUCCCUGUUGUUAUCACUAGUGGCUAUGCUAAUGAUAACAUUAUCAAAGUGCUUCAAGGAGAACGAAUUGGUACUGUCUUUCAUCAAGAUGCACAUUUAUGGACUCUGGUUAAAGAAGAAUGUGCACGCGACUUGGCUGUUGCAGCACGGGAAUGUUCUAGAAAGCUUCGAGCUCUAAACUGUCAGGAUAGGAGGCAAAUAUUGCUCGAUGUAGCUGAUGCCUUGGAGGCAAAUGAAAGUGACAUUUUAGCUGAAAAUGAAGCUGAUAUUGCAGCUGCGCAGGAAGCUGGAUAUGAUGGGGCACUAAUAGCUCGGUUGGCCCUAAAGCCUGGGAAGAUUUCUGCACUUGCAAAAUCUAUGCGUCAACUUGCAGACAUGGAAGAGCCCAUUGGCCAGGUCUUGCAGAAAACAGAGGUUGCAGAUGGACUUGUCUUAGAGAAAGUGACUUGUCCCUUGGGUGUUCUUUUGGUUGUUUUUGAGUCUCGACCUGAUGCCCUUGUUCAGAUAGCUUCAUUAGCAAUUCAAAGUCGGAAUGGUCUUCUGCUUAAAGGUGGGAAAGAAGCCAAGAGGUCAAAUGCUAUCUUGCACAAGGUCAUCACCAAAGCAAUCCCAGAUACUGUUGGUGGCGAGCUUAUUGGACUUGUAACUUCAAGAGAUGAUAUUCCUGAUCUGCUGAAGCUCGACGAUGUGAUAGAUCUUGUCAUCCCUAGAGGCAGUAAUAAACUCGUUUCUCAAAUCAAGGAGUCGACAAAGAUACCUGUUCUUGGUCAUGCUGAUGGGAUCUGCCAUGUUUAUAUCGAUAAGUCAGCUAAUUUGGAGAUGGCAAAGCGCAUUGUUCAUGAUGCAAAGACAGAUUAUCCUGCAGCCUGUAAUGCAAUGGAAACACUUCUUGUACACCAGGAUUUGUUUAACAAUGGUCAGCUUAAUGAGAUAAUCACACAACUCCGAGAGUCAGGUGUUACUUUAUAUGGUGGACCACAUGCAGCAGUUUUGUUAAAUCUUUCAGAGACAAGCACAUUGCAUCACGAGUACAGUUCAAUGGCUUGCACAGUUGAAAUUGUAGAUAAUGUGCAUGAUGCAGUUGACCACAUUCAUGUAUAUGGAAGUGGUCACACUGAAUGCAUUGUUACUGAAGAUGAUGAAGUUGCUGAAUAUUUCUUAAGCCAAGUUGACAGCGCUGCAGUAUUUCACAAUGCAAGUACACGAUUCUGCGACGGAGCUCGCUUUGGUCUUGGUGCAGAGGUUGGGAUAAGUACAAGCAGGAUUCACGCUCGAGGUCCUGUAGGAGUUGAAGGACUGCUAACAACCAGAUGGACUCUGAGGGGGAAAGGGCAGAUCGUGGAUGGUGAUAAUGGGGUCGAAUACACUCACAAGAAUUUACUUAAAAGUUCCUAAAUCUCGGUGGCAGAGUAAAGCUUUGUAGAACACAAUUGCAUACAAAUGUUAACCUCGUCGACCUCAUGCGUAGCUGCAGUCUAUUAUUUCUCAAUUAUAGUGUAGGAGUACCUAGUAUCCUUGCUCCAUAGAUACUAAAUAUUCUAUUAUCAUGUAAUUUCACUCUGAUUCCCUUUGCCAGAUUUUGAUUACCUGGAUUAUAUAAGGGGCCUCAUGUUAUCAUCCUUUUUUUUUUUCGGUGAGAACAUGCAUGUAAUCAUCCUUCUACUGAUGAAUGAUUUUAUCA